UCCACCCAGACCCUCCCUACCCAGGCCCCCCCUACCCACACCCCCACCGUUUCACACACAGCCUCAGAGGACAGUGUUGGCCCUGAAGGCCAACCGGUGUGGAUCACAGGAGACAAUCCCAUGCCAGAGAACUCUCUAGGGCCUGAGGAGAUGGAUCCCACCUCAGCUCACACGGAUACUUUCGGGGGGCCUGACGGCACGCCCCGUCUCUCCACGGUCCCUGUCUCCUCUCAAAGGGUCCCCAGCAGGGAGCCAGCGGCCUCAGGCAGCUGGACCUCCAAGGCGGAGGAGCCCAUCCACGCCACCGUGGACCCCCAGAGGCUGGGUGUCCUCAUCACUCCCGUCCCCGACUCGCAGGCAGCUACCCGGAGGCAGGCGGUGGGGCUGUUGGCCUUCCUUGGCCUCCUCUUCUGCCUGGGCGUGGCCAUGUUUGCCUAUCAGAGCCUCCAGGGCUGUCCCCGCAAGCUAGCCGGGGACAUGGUGGAGGGGCUUCGCUACGUCCCCCGGAGCUGUGGCAGCAACUCCUAUGUCCUGGUGCCAGUGUGAGCUGGCCCCCUGCCUGCCUCCAGCUGUUCGGCUCCGACAGCUGCCUGGGGUCCCCCGCCCUCACACCCACCCUCACCCAAGGGCCUGACCUGAGCUGGGGUGAUCAGAGCGAGGAGGCAGGCUUUUCCACCCGCAACGGCUCCCGGCUCCCGGCUCCCGGGCAGACGCCAGGAGGCCACCCUGGAUCGCUGUUGACCCCCUGGGGACAGAAGUGGUGGCCUCUGCAACUCACCCCAAUGUCCCCAAGUCAGGAAACUUCUGCCGCUGGCUGGUGAGAGGUUCCCUUUGACACAGUCCCAGACCCGAUGAACAAUUAUUUAUUAGAAAAUGCCCAGCCCCUCUGGGUCACAUCCCCAUGUCACAAAUGAGCCUCAGGCCAGGCCCCCUCUGCCCGCUCCCUCGGACCUCAUCGUGUCUCUCGGUCCUGCUGCAGUCGCCAGUCACCCCGGCCACCUGCGGUGCCAUCUCCCCCGUCCCCUGUACAGAGCCCACACCCAGCCGGGGACGUGUCUUUUCUUGCAUGAGCCUAGUGUGGCGUUCCCUGGGACUGCUCCCGGGAAGGCUCUGCCCUCCGUUAGGCAUCGUGGGAAGGGGACAUGAAGUGACCCGGUGGCUUGGAUGGUUUUUCUUCUCCCCAGUCGAUGCCGUGCGUUGGCGGAACCUUGGCUGUGGGUGUGAAGGCUGGGGUUCUCGGCCCAGGUCCACCACCAGCCCAGCAGCACAUUCGUACCUCUGGUUCUCCGUCUGUGGAAGGAAGGAGACGUGGCAAAUGUGUGACGAUAACUUGUACACUGAUGGGCAUCACUCAUUGAUCCAGAGACCCCCGUUCCCAGACCGGGGGUGUAGCCUCACCACAGAAUACCCUAGCCGGGCUUCACCCAUCGGGGACCCUGGCACAUCGGUGGGCCCUGUGCCUUCAGGGGGUGGGGGGGGGUGUGUCAAGGAAGGGAUCUGAAAGCUCAGGUCCUGCUCCGUGGGAGGGAGUCAGCUCUGUGGGCCCCCUGAGUGGGGACUGGGGGGUGCUUGAGGGGCAGGCCGGUGCCUGGCUUGGAGGGCAGCCCUCCCAGAGUCCACCAGGCUCGCAGGGACGUGGAGACAGCCUGUGGGACAGGCUGAGGAGGAGGGAAGGCCUGCAGGCUCCUGGGAAGGCUGAGGUGCUCAGGGAAAGGAACCCGGGGGUGGGGAGGCUGCUGGGAGCAGCUCCAUGCCCGAGUCAGGGACUUGGGCCCCGGGCGUUUGCUGUUUUCUUUCCUGCAGCCUGGCUUCCCCCGCUGCCCCGUCUCUCGCUCCCUAAAAACACUGCUGUCCCCAUUCCAGGAUCUUCCCUCACCUUCCUGCCCACCACUGGCAGGGCUAGGGAUUUCCAGGACAUUUUCCAUGAGAUCAGAAUCCACCUUUGAAACUUGAGGUUUCGUGUUUACCUCUGAAAGAGACUCCGUCCUAUGGGGAGGGAAGUUGUGGGCACAAAGUCAGGGGUUCCCUUUUUGGCUGCUGGCCUCACCCCUCAGGGUCCCUGAUGGCAGCUCCCCACCUUCCUCAAAGGUCCCCGUAGGUGACCCUUGCCUUCCUCCACCUGGGGAGCCUCCCACGGACCAGGGUGGGUGAGACACUCCACUUGUCAGAUAGAUGCUCAGAGGAAGCAGACACAGCUCUGGUCCACAGAGAGGGGGCAGCCACCCGAGUCCACCCAGCCCUCCUGCACCCCCUGCUGGACAUGACCUGGGAUGUUGGGGCCUGGCUCUAGUGGGGGGCACUCUGACGGCUCAGAGGGCAGGCAGCCGGUCUGAAUGCACUUUUGGGGGUUCCUCGAGGCUGGUGGGAGACCCUUCAAUGGGUGGAGCUCCCCUACUUUUGUGAGCAAUUAGCUGGGAGCAGCUAGUCCCCCUUCCACGGAUUUGAUUAGUUCUCCCAAGCAGGACACGGACAAGGACAAUUUGGGGGGAACUUUGGAAGGAGUUGGUUGAUCCUUUUGCUUUUCCAACCCUAUCACCAAUGUCUGUGCCAUUUUGUAUUUUACUAAUAAAAUGGAAAAGUCUUGUGAAUCGAA